AAAAACAGAAACUCUAUCUUCUUUCCAAAUGUCGCAACCAUUAAUAGUUUCCAUUGAUACUUUACUAGUGCUGUUAGCAUUACUGUUAGUUUCAUCCUAUAGUAUUGUUCUUUGUGGUUCUUCUUUUUCUUCCACUGGUACAAAACAACAUUUACAAGUAGGUGUAGAACAAGAAGUAGUUGCUCUUCUAAAAUGGAAAUCAAGCCUUAUUAACCAAAAUCAUUCUCUGCUCUCUUCUUGGAAAAUGGAUUCGACUGCGAGUAAAAAGAGUCCAUGCAAGUGGUAUGGAAUCCAUUGUGACAAUAAGGGAAGCGUCCAGGAAUUAAAUAUAUCAGGUUUGGGUUUGCGAGGUACACUCCAUAAUUUCAAUUUCUCAUCUUUCUCUAAUUUGAUAAGUCUUGAUUUGAGCUACAACGAACUCUUUGGGGGGAUUCCGCCCCAGAUUGGAAAUCUUCAUAAGCUCACCCAUCUUGUUCUUUCUGUUAAUCAACUUUCUGGGCACAUCCCAUCGGAAAUAGGUUCUCUCACAGGUCUGCAAUAUUUAUACCUUUUUGGAAAUCAUAUCAGUGGAUCUAUCAUACAAGAAAUUGGAAAUUUAUAUUUUCUUACUCAUUUAUGGUUGUUCACAAACCAACUUUCUGGCAUCAUUCCUCAAGAUAUAGGAAGGCUAAAUUCUUUAACCAACUUAGAUUUGUCGGACAACAAGCUCAGUGGUUCAAUCCCUGCUUCUAUAACCAAUUUGACUAGCCUGAGCACUCUUUACCUGUAUAAAAACCAACUUUCUGGCGUCAUUCCUCAAGAUAUAGGAAGGAUAAGUUCUUUAACCGACUUAGAGUUGUCGGAAAACAAGCUCACUGGUUCAAUCCCUGCCUCUAUAGCCAAUUUAACUAGCCUGAACAUUCUUUACUUGUAUCAAAACCAACUUUCUGGCGUCAUUCCUCAAGAUAUAGGAAGGCUAAGUUCUUUAACCGACUUAGAGUUGUCGAAAAACAAGCUCAGUGGUUCAAUCCCUGCUUCUAUAACCAAUUUAACUAGCCUGAGAACACUUCACUUGUAUAAAAUCCAACUUUCUGGCGUCAUUCCUCAAGAUAUAGGAAGGCUAAGUUCUUUAACCGACUUAGAGUUGUCGAAAAACAAGCUCACUGGUUCAAUCCCUGCUUCUAUAACCAAUUUGACUAGCCUGAGCACUCUGUACCUAUUUCUAAACCAACUUUCAGGAAUCAUUCCACAAGAUAUAGGAAGGCUAAGUUCUUUAACCGACUUAAAAUUGGCGAAAAACAAUCUCAUUGGUUCAAUCCCUGCUUCUAUAACCAAUUUAACUAGCCUAAACAUUGCUUACCUGUGUCAAAACCAACUUUCUGGCAUCAUUCCUCAAGAUAUAGGAAGGAUAAGUUCUUUAACCGACUUAGAGUUGUCGGAAAACAAUCUCAUUGGUUCAAUCCCUGCUUCUAUAACCAAUUUAACUAGCCUUAACUUUCUUUACCUGUAUAAAAACCAACUUUCUGGCGUCAUUCCUCAAGAUAUAGGAAGGUUAAGUUCUUUAACCGACUUAGAGUUGUCGGAAAACAAGCUCACUGGUUCAAUCCCUGCUUCUAUAACCAAUUUGACUAGCUUGAGCACUCUUUACCUAUUUCUAAACCAACUUUCUGGCAUCAUUCCUCAAGAUAUAGGAAGGCUAAGUUCUUUAACCGACUUAGAAUUGCCGGAAAACAAUCUCACUGGUUCAAUCCCUGCUUCAUUGGGUAAUUUGAGAAAUUUGACUAUUUUAUAUCUUUAUCGAAAUCAAUUAAGUGGCCCAUUGCCGACGGGAAUGAACAAUCUAACGCAGUUGGAAGAAUUGUAUUUGUCUGGGAACAGAUUUUCUGGCCAGUUACCUCAAAAUUUAUGUCAAAGCGGAAUCCUUAAAGAACUUGUAGCAGGUAAUAAUCUUUUCACAGGUCCUAUACCAAGAAGCCUUAGAAGUUGCACCAGCCUUAAAAAUCUCGGUCUUGGAAACAAUAAAUUAGUAGAUAACCUAACCGAGGCGUUUGAAGUGUAUCCUCAUCUAUAUAGGCUUGUUGCGGCAAACAAUAUGUUGUAUGGUGAACUCUCGAAAGACUGGGGAAAAUGUCAAAAUUUGACAGUCCUAUCUUUCUCAGGGAACAAUAUCACAGGUAGAAUACCAUCUGAAUUGGGAAAGUUGAAGAUUUUAGGCGAACUUUAUCUUGGUUCAAAUAACUUAGUAGGGGAAAUUCCGAAGGAGUUGUUGAAAUUGUCUUCACUGAUCAAGUUGAAUUUGAGCAAUAACCAGCUUUCUGGCAGGUUGUCUUCCGCAAUUGCAUCGUUGUCCAACCUGCAGUAUAUAGACUUAUCAAACAAUAAACUCAUCGGAUCAAUACCCAAACAACUAGGAGAAUGUUCAGCUUUACUAUCUUUGAAUUUGUGCAGAAACAAUUUUAAUGAAAGUAUCCCACCCGAGAUCGGAAACCUGGAUUCGCUGCAAAUUUUGUUAGAUCUUAGUUACAAUGAGUUGAGUAGAGAAAUACCAUCAGCUCUUGGAAAACUAAGCAAACUAGAAACACUAAAUGUAUCCCACAACAAGCUUUUCGGCUCAAUUCCAUCUUCAUUUGAUCAAAUGCUUAGCUUGACCACUGUCGACAUUUCGUACAACGAAUUCAGUGGUCCUCUUCCGAAUAUCAAGGCCUUCAAUGAUGCUCCAAUCGAUGCUUUGAGGAACAAUGAAGGGUUAUGUGGUAAUAGCUCAAGAGGAUUAAACCCAUGUAAUCCUAUAGUUGAAAUCGAAGAAGAUGAUUAUCAAGAGGAUGCAAAAGACAAAAUCUUGUUUUACGGUGUUACUGCUUUGGGAUUUGGAGUUGGGUUUUGGGGUUUGUUCCUGGUUCUGCUUCUCAAAAAAGAGAAAUGGUGGUUUGGGUACUGGAGAAUUAUCGAUUCCAUUGUGAUGAAAAUAGUUGGUUAAUUUAGAUUCACUCUUGUUUUUCUUUCUGUUGUAAUGUCAUCUGGUAUUAGUGAUUUUUGUAUUGGGUUGGAGUAAUACAUUGGUGGAUGUACUUUUAAAAAAAUUCAUUGAGUUUCAAGUUAUUGUUCUUGGAGGAAAUCAUCAAUAAAGAGAUUCUAAGCU